AUGGAAGGAUACAAACAAGUAGCCCAUCAAGCGGCUGGUCAUCCCGGUGCCCUAGUGGAUAGUUCCAGUGGAGAGCUAUUCGCAAAGUUGAGUUGCCAACAGGAAAUUGAUUUUUAUACUCAAGUGUCAGCUAAAGAAUUGACCGAUGAUGAAGGACAUGAGUACUUGGGAAGCAGCUUAUACGAUUGGAUGCCAAAAUUUUUGGGGAGAUUGGAUCAAGGGAUAACAAAAGACUUAGAGAAUAGCAGUAUGGUGAACCAGCGAGAGUUGGAGCAGGCGAAACAAGACCUAGAAGCAAUGUCUAUCGGGGAAGACAGCAGCAGUAGUAAUAGCCCGAUGCCCAUCGGUGAUAAACCAUACGUUGUGUUACAGAACUUGUUAUUUGGCUUCAACAAACCCAGCAUUAUCGAUAUUAAGUUGGGAGCCAAGUUGACCGAUCCUAAGGAUCCAACAAUUUCUGAGGAUAAGCAUCAGCGACUAGCCAAAGUGUCGACCACCACCACUAGUGGAUCUUGGAACAUUAGAAUUUGUGGGAUGAAAACAUUUGAUAAUUACCCUCAGGCAACUGAGGCUGAAUAUGAUCAGAUUGUCAAUGACCAAGAUGUCCUGCAAGUUGAGGACCCAGAGGCGCCUCAUAAGAACUACGUGGUAUUCAAUAAAUUCUUUGGCAGGAAUUUGACUACUGAUAAUAUUAAGUUGGCGUUUAGACUCUUCUUCUUUGAGAAUCAGUUGGAUCAUGUGCGCCAAGUGCAAGUGUUACAAAAGAUGAUUGAUAGACUACAAGUGUUACAUAAUUGUUUGAUAGAUACUGAGGCAAGAAUGUUCUCCAGCAGUAUAUUCAUGGUGUUUGAGAACGAUUUGGAUAGAUGGAACAAUAAAGAAGAGGGAUACGAAGAUCCUUUAAUUCGGGAAGACUUCGAAGAUAGCGAUGAUGAUGAUGAGGAAGAGAAGGAAGAGAUCUCUCGUAACAAGGGAGACACUGCACCUUUAAGCUCGUUAAAUAUGAUAGACUUUGCCCAUUCAAGAUUAGCUCCAAAAAAAGGAUGUGAUGACAACGUUUUAGAUGGGGUGGAAAAUCUACUCAAAAUUUUUGAAGAAUUAUUGAACGAUUCGCAUUCUUUCUGCAAAUCAGGAUGA